UGUUUCUGGGGCCAUAACAUCUCUCUUUGAGUAUUAACGAAGCAAAUUAAUUUAGAAAAAAAGGAAAAGAAGAACCAAACCCUUAACCUCCUCGAGAGGUAAGGAGGUUAACGUCUUAGCUAGGUUUCUUCAACCAUCCUCAACCUCUAAAAACUGAUUAUUUUAUCAAAAAAAAAAAAAAAAAGUGCUUAUAAAUAUCUCGAUAUCCAGCGCCCUACAAUCUCCACUCUUUAUUCUUGUUUUCUUGUUCAUAUGUUGUUUGUGCUUGUUUCUCAUCUAACAUGACCAACACGCCCACCUCUCUCGCAGACUCUUCCCUCGCCCUCUUCUCCCUCGCCAUUUCUUCCUCUGACCCCUGGCCUUUCUCUCUUCUCCUUCUUCUCUAACCUUCUCUCUUUCUCAAUCCUUGAUUUUCUUAUUUCUUGAAUUUCUGUUGUUUUCUUGAUAUGGGGAUUACUGGAGAUAGAAACCAUCAUCACUUGAUCAAUUUCCAUGUCCACUUGCCACAUCUUAACUUUCAUCACCAGGGCAGCAGCAAGAAAGAGUUGAAAGAUAUCCCAAAAGGGUGUUUGGCGAUCUUGGUUGGACAAGGUGAGGAGCAGCAGAGGUUUGUGAUCCCUGUGAUUUACAUAAAUCACCCACUUUUCAUGGAGCUGCUUAAAGAAGCUGAGGAAGAGUAUGGUUUUGAUCAGAAAGGUCUCAUCACUAUUCCUUGCCAUGUCGAGGAGUUUCGAAACGUUCAAGGCAUGAUUGACAAGGAAAAAUACUAUGACCCCCACCACCACCGCGACGUUUCGUGCUUUAGGGCUUGAUUUUUAUCAUGUAAUUGUGCAAAGUUUGCUGUUAGUCAAUUCGUCCCUUCUCUCUGUUUUCUUUUUUUCAAAAUUUUUUCUUUCAAUAUUAUGUUGUAAAUGAUAAUGAUGAAAUAUUGAAUGGGACCGAAAAUGAAAACAAAAGAAUAAGAAAAGGGUAUUAUUGGGCGUGCAAGUAUCCAACUUUAUUGUAAUGCGCAAUAAAGUAGCAUGUGAACUUGUAGGACACUACGGGAAAAAAAAAAAAAAAAAAACUUUUAGGACACGGCUGGAACGUAGAAGGGGGAAGGAUUUCAUUUGAGCCAUUUAAUUAUUAUUAUUAUUAUUAUUAUUAUUAUUA